UCGCACGAAUUCGUGUUUUAUGUGUGUACAGUUGGCAUAGAAUAACGAAUCGUCCGAUCAACUUGAACAGCAUAUGAUCACUUUGUGCUGACCUUCAAGAUGUCCAAACAACUCCUCGCACCUGUGAUUGUACCUGUGUUUUUAUCGCUAGUACUUGGCUAUCCAAUAUCCUUCAUUUAUGAAGAUAUUUUUUUCGAGACGUGGCAUCUUUCGAAGGAUCCAGAGAUAUUACAGAAUGCCGUAAGAUAUCACCAGCCUCGUUUGAAUUUAGACAAAUUUAGACACAAAUCAUUGAAAACUAUGGUUUUCACGUCGAGGAACACUAUGUCAAAACAGCGGAUGGAUAUAUAUUGUGUCUGAUACGGAUGAGAAAUCCCGAUAUCGAACUCAAUGGUAGGUGGAGUUUUGUCCUUCGUUCACCAUACUUGUUCCCCUAUGUAGGAAAGGUUGUCUUUCUUCAACAUGGGCUGCUGGAUUCCGCACACACAUGGAUAAAUAAUCUACGAAAUCAAAGCCUUGCAUUUAUUCUCGCUGAUGCUGGAUUCGAUGUCUGGCUAGGGAACAGUAGAGGAAGUACUUAUUCACGGAAGCAUGAAAAAUAUGAUACGCACCAUAUUGCAUUCUGGCAAUUUUCUUGGGAUGAAAUGGCUCAGUUCGACUUACCGGCUUCAUUGUAUCAUGUUCUGCAGGUGACAGGAUCAAACACUAUCGGCUAUGUGGGCCAUUCGCAGGGUGCUCAAAUAGCUUUUGCUCAGUUCAACCGGGACCCUGAGCUACAGUCACACAUCAGUCUUUUUGCUGCAUUGGCUCCAGUGGCCUACCUCGGUAACGUGGCAAGUCCCAUCCGCUAUAUAGCCCCGUUUGCGCGAACAGUGGAACGGGUGUGGGAUUUGUUUGGGCAUGGGGAAUUCUUGCCAUCCACCAGAUUACUUCAUUUUCUUGCUUACUUCGUCUGUGGCCGAGGUCACGUUCCGUUUGUGUGCUCCAACGCGGUCUAUCUGCUCGCCGGUUACGAUGCAAGGAAUACAAAUCUUACGCGGCUCCCCGUCUAUAUCGCGCACACACCUGCAGGAACUUCUGCCAGGAAUAUGGUGCAUUACUGUCAGGGUAUUUCAACGGACCAGUUUCAGGCGUUCGAUUAUGGAAAGGUAAAAAAUAUGGAAAUUUACGGCCAGAAAACACCUCCGAUAUAUGACCUGUCCAGGUUCACUGUUCCUACUGCCGUGUUCACUGGUGGUAAUGAUUGGCUGGCGGUCGAAAAAGAUGUGGAUCGCCUUAUCAGUCGAAUCAAACCAGCAGUUGUUUCCCACAUAAACUUUCCAGAAUAUAAUCACUUGGAUUUUGUCUGGGGUAUGGACGCCGCAAUUGUCUUGUAUCCGGAAAUCCUGAAACUUUUGAACCAGUACUAAUUGAUUGUUGAUUGAUUUCAAGGAAUUCCAUAUCUAAAUGCGGAAGACAAUCUCUGAUCUCGUUUGGAUGAGCUGCAGGCUGCAUCAGUUUUGGAAGGCUAGGUUGUACGUGGAGCCAUUUCGCCCUGAAGUAUAAUCUCUUGUGAUUAUAUGUGCGGCUUUCAAAAAAUACAUACUGUUUUCUACAGCGGUCAGUUUUUCGAUAGUCAUACAUCAUAACGAGGCUUAUUAAGUUUGGAAUUUGAAACUACGUUCGCCUUCCGAAUCUACUUACUGCCGCACCUUUUGAACAAUAGAA